AUGCCGUUUUAUCAAUACAAUUCGUUUACUGGAAGAAUAAAACCGUCUACCAAUUUUCAACCGUUUUAUCCUCUCUCUCCUAUUCCUUUACAGAGGACAGAACCACCAGUAAUAAUAUAUGACAAUAUCAAAACCAAACCAAUGUCAAUUACACCAAAGUCAGGAUAUUGCACUGGCAAACCACCUACUCUUGACCCAAAAAUGUGGGCAAAGUACAAGCAUUUCCAGGCUGUAAUGGACAAGCCUGUAUACCUAGCAGGUGGCAAGAAAGACAAGAUAUUAUUCGGAUUUACAGUCGCAUAUGUCGGUAUUUGUACACUACAAUCACUGGUGUUUAUUGCUAAAGAAUGCUUGAAUAUUAUCUAA